AUGGAUUCACAGUGGACCUUAAACGGGAGUUCUCUUAUACACCAGUCAGGGGCCCGCACCCUUGCCUCGUCGGCCCUUGUACGCGCCCCUCACAUCUACAUGGUGCUACCCAACCAGUGCACCUAUAGAGCUAUGCUUUGUGACUUCCCAGCACUGACAAAACCUAUCAACGUGGCAACGACACCGCCACACACUGUCACACACCACAUUGUCAUGAGUGGGCCACUGGUUUACUCUCGUUACAUGCCCCUUGCACCAGACCGUUUCCGCAUCGCCAAGGCAGAGUUUGAGCACAUGAGGGAGCCCAGAAUCAUAUGCCCUUUCAGCAGCCAGUGGGCAUCCCCCCUGCACCUCUUACCACACUGGAUCACUAUCCUCUCCCACACCUCCACUCCUUCACAUGCAGACUCUCAGGGUGCAUUAUUUUCUCCAAAAUUGACCUCAUCAGAGCAUACCAUCAGAUUCCCAUCACUGAGGAGGACAUCCCAAAGACAGUUACUACAGGGUGGACUACAGGGUGUUUUCGUCUACAUCGAUUACAUACUCAUUGCUAGCAGCAUGUGUGAGGAGCACAAAAAGCACCUCUACGCCCUCUUCGGCCGCCUGCAGAAAGCCUGA